AAUCCACCUCCAAGAUGCCGCACAAGAGGAGUAGAACAGGGUGCCUCACAUGCCGAGAUGAGGGCUACAAAUGCGACGAAGCAAAGCCUCAUUGCGGCCGCUGCGUCCGCUUGGGCAAGACAUGCAAGGGGUACGGGCUAAGAGUGAGAUGGAAGUCAGCCGAUGACCCCAAAGACGGCGGAAGAGUUACAAAGAAGAAAGGUCCAAAGUCCAAGGGCAGCAUUGGACCUCGGAAGGUCACGCCGCCUUCAAGUGAUGAGCAGCCCGCGACGCCUAGCUCCAGCUCGAUGACGGCGACUUCGACGUCGAGCCCAGACAGUCUCAUUCGGAAUCCGUCAUAUCUAUCGCCAGACAUCUCCCCAAUGAAUCGCUACUUAUUGCAUCAUUGGAAUGGAUCACUAGCGAGUGUCAUAUCGAUGGCAUCCGGUGUGCAGAACCCGUUCCUCGUCCACCUCACGCCCAUGAUGCUCCGCUCCACAGCCCUGCUCUUCUCAAUCUCCUCCAUGGCGGCGGGCCACCUCGCCAUCCUCCGGAAUGACAAUAACCUCAAAACGCUAUCUUCACGCCAUAUGCUCGUCGCCUUGUCAUCACUGCGAGAAACGAUUCAGGCCGAGAACCCGGAGCUCUCGCUGGCCACCAUCCUGAUGCUCCAGAUUUCGGACCGCCUCUUCAAUACCGACAGCCAAAUCGAUCAUCUGGCUGGAGCCAAAGCCGUCAUCAUGCACUCGGGGGGCCCAGCGAACUGGAACACUUCGAGCGCGCAGUUUCUUCUCAGCCUCUGCUUCUACCACGACGUCAUGUCAUCUAUUUCUCGCGCAUCGAGGCCGCUGUUGAGCAUGACAAAUGUCGCGCCUCUCGAAGGCUUGCAUAGUCUGGCCAAGCUUACUUCAGUCGUGUCCAUCGUCAGUACCAUCAGCAAGAUGCAAGGACAAUCCGGCGAAGCGCACCAGCAGAGGGGAUACGUUAUCAAAAGAAACCUACAGGAGUUCAGCUUCUCUGAGGAAGGGGAUCCAGACAUUGAGCACACAAUCCAAGCCUACAAACACGCGGCGAUUGUUUACCUUUAUCGAGUCUGGGACGACGGAGAAUCGUCGACCAAGCCAUACUACGCAGAGCAGUGCAUCUACCACCUAUUGAAGGUGCCUAUCACAUCAUCCUUCGUCUCUGCUCAUGCAUGGCCUCUAUGGACUGGCGGCUGUGAAUCCGUUGAGACACACCUACGUCAAAUGGUCCUCGUCAGGAUCAGGGAGAUGUAUCAGAACCGGCAACUGCCUUCCCUCCGACGCGUGCAAGAAGACAUGGAAGAAGUGUGGCAGGUUAAGGAUGCACAGAGGCUGCAAUUUGGAACGGAAAAUGUUGAUUGCUGCAAGAUGAUUCUGCAUACUCGUCAUCGAGAGGCGGACUUGGUCUAGCAUUGCCUACGACUAAUUAAAUGCCUCUUAUCCCUUGGCUUUGAAACCCACACGCCCCGUGCAAUCACUUCCUCUUGGGCGUCGGUGAAGAUUGCCCAAGCCCAAGACACGAAGCAAUCUUGAAGAAGACGUCUGUGUUAUCGUACACACCGGCAAAUGUCUCCUGGCAGGGCCCCAUAGCGAAGACGGGCACAUCAGUCAGGGAAUGGACACCUGACGAAGAUGACGUCGGGAUGGUACCCGGAACGAAGAAGCCGUCCUCGCCGUCCUCGGGAUUCGCAACAUACCCAUCCUCCCCGCUCACCGCCACCCUACGGGGGGACUCGUGAAGCUGAUAAUUCUCAUUCCGAUCAGGGUUGGCACCAAACGCAGGCGCAAUUGCGUAACGAGGGCUCCAGUUGGACGGGAAGUUGGGACCGGUGCCGUACUCGAUGCCGUCCGGCCGGGAGACGGUAUACUGUGACAAGCCAGACCGCUCAUAGAUGCCAAUCGCGUCGCGCUUCUUACGGUCCGUGUCCUGCGCGGCGAGGUACUUUGUGUCAGCGACGCCAAAGACGUCGAAGCCGUGGCCGUGGUCGGCCGUCACCACGAUCAGCGUGUUCUCGAGCUCGCCGGCCUCGCUCAGCUUCUUCACAGUUGCGCGGAUGGUGUCGUCGAACUCGAGGAGGUCGCCGAGGGCUCUGUCGUAGUCUAGCGCGUGCAUCUGCUUAUCGAUCGAGGCGCCCUCGGACAUGAGGAAGAAGCCUGUGUCGUUGCUGCGCUCGAGGAGGAUGUCGACGGCUUUGAGGGUCAUGUCUUUGAGACCCGGGAGAUCGAGCGGCGCGGAGCCGUCUCCGGAGGGGUGGGUCUUGAGUGCGGCGAUGUUGUCUUUGAAGAUCUUUCUGUCGAGCCAGACGGGCAGGUGGGAGGUGGAAAAGACGCCGAGGGCUGGGGAAUCGAUGGGUGCUUCGCGAAGAGACGUGGCGUUCCAGCUUACGGAGUAGCCUUGCUUGCGGAACUCUUCGUAGUAGUCCUUGCCCUCGUAUGAAGUUGCUCCGGGGAGGAAAGUUGAGGCACCGCCGCCGAAGUAGACGUCAGGACCGGGAUGAGCACUCCAAGAGUAGUUCGUCAUGCCAUUGAGGGCUUGGUCGAUGAGAGAACCGGCGUUGGAUCGAGAUCUGCUGUGGCCGGUCAAUGCUGCCGGAGUGGCAUCGUCCAGAGCUGCCGUGGUCACAGCGCCCCAAGCAGAUCCCUACGAGGUGUCAGCUACCAAAAGAGGAUAUUGAUACGUCAAAGACGGCUUACCCAGACGCGAACUACCAUCUCCACAAUCGUCUCGACCUUGGGGUCGUCAAAGUCAUCUGCCGAUGAGUCGGAAUAGACACUACAAGACAAUCAAUAUUCGGGUUCUUUCUUAAAGACGUUUGAUCAAUAACGUACCCCAUGGAGUCAGAUGUGCCCUUAUGGCCAGAAUAGAGCGCGGAAGCAGAGUUGGCGCUGUCAGUGAUGAAGCUGUCGACGGAAUGUGUCUGCACUCAGGUUAGCAUCUGAUCACGGUUCCUCUCGCCUUCUUCUCUCCCCCAACGGAACUCACCAUCUGAUGCCCCAAGAUGGGGAACUGGUCCAUCUGCAUUCUCGACUGAUACUUUCCAUUCACGCUCUUAUGACCCAACAGGCGUGCAGCCGUAAUCAUAUUCGUCGUCAUACCAUCCCCAAUGAACAAGAUCACAUUCUUGGCCUUCUUCUCCUCAGCAAGAGGACGAACAAGCCACUCCGCCAGGGUCUUCUUCGUGCCAUUGUAAUAGUUCAACUCAACCGUGUAGUUUCCCGGCUCAUACAGCGACAAGUGACGAUACGCCUUGGACGCCACAUUCACCACAGACUUAUUCCCCGCAUCCUGCGCAAACAGAUCCUCAUACCACG